AUGAAGGUACUGAGAAGUUUAAUUCUAGUGCGUGUUGGAUCUACUUGGGGCUCAAUAAGAUUCUCUAUUUCCAACAAAGUGCUACAUGACUUGCUACUAAAAUUGAAAUACUUGAGGGUGUUCUCAUUAUGUCAUUGUUGCAUCACAGAGGUACCGAACUGUGUUGGUGAUUUAAAACAUCUUCGAUAUCUCAAUUUCUCGUACACAAGUAUUAAAAGGCUACCCGAGUCGAUUGUUGCUUUGUGCAAAUUACAAGCUUUGAUCUUAAGAGGUUGUCAAAAGCUUUCUAUGUUGCCUCCAGGUAUCACAAAAAUGGUCAAUUUACAGUUUCUUGACAUUAGAGAUACAGAAAAUCUAAAAGAGAUGCCAUUGGGUAUCAGUAAUUUGAAGAAUCUUACUAUCUUGUCCAAGUUUGUGGUAGGACCAGAGAAAGGUUCACAAUUAAAAGAGUUAAAGAACUUAUCACAUCUUCAAGGAGAUUUAUUUAUAUCGGAAUUGCAAAAGGUGGAAGAAGUUAGAGAUGCUGUUGAUGCUAAUUUGUUUGGAAAGCAAGGCCUUAGCAACUUAUUAUUGCAUUGGGGUGAAGAUUUUGGAAGUUUACGGAAUGAUAAGCACGAAGCACGAGUGCUUGACUCUCUACGACCUCACACUAAUCUUGAAAAUCUCACUAUCUCGAACUAUGGCGGUAUGAAAUUCCCAUCAUGGUUAGAUGGUCCAUCCUAUUUUAAGAUAGUGUCUUUGUGCUUCCAAGACUGUCCUUAUGUUAUAUCAUUGCCCCCACUUGGACAACUACCUUCACUUAAAGAAUUAUCUCUUGAAGGUCUACAUGCAGUAAGAAUGAUAAGCUCUGAAUUUUACGGAGGUAAAAGGCCUUUCUCAUCCUUAACAACUUUGAAGUUCAAAGAGAUGUUGGCAUGGAAGGAUUGGUCUCAUUAUGCCGGGGGCCCAGAAGAAGUGCCAUUCUCUUGUCUUCAGCAUCUUGUUGUCCGGAGCUGUCCUUCGUUGAUCGGGAUGGUGCCUUCUCAACUUGAUCGUCUCAUAAAGCUUGAAAUUCAUUCAUGCCCACAGUUGAAUAUCUCAACCAGUGUAGUUUGUCUUCCAUCUCUCCGUGAGUUAUACCUUGAGGAUUGUAACAAGGAGGUUUUAAAGAGCUUGGUCAACCUAACUUCUUUAACCACUCUCAAAAUUGCAAAUCUUUCGGAGCUCGUUUGCUUUGAUCAUGACUUUAUGAGUUGCUUGGUUAAUCUAAAGGAGCUUCAUAUAGGAGAAUGUGACAAACUAACAUAUUUGUGCCAGGAUGGAAACGAAAUGCGAAAUCUCACUUACCUCCAAGAAUUAGUCAUCACAAGGUGUCCUCGAUUCAUAUCUUUUGUGGCUGGAGAAGGAGAAAUAGAGCUACCAUGCAACCUUGAAAGGAUGGAAUUGAGGUUUUGCACGAGUUUAGAAAAGCUUCCAAGCAAGAUGCACACACUUAGAGAUUUGAAGAUUGAGAAUUGUCCAAGACUCACGAGACUAACCAUUUCUCCAAGUGACCCUAGCAGCAAUAACUCGAUGUCUCAACUUGAAUAUCUAUGGAUAGGUCAAUGUGAUUCUCUGACAUCCUUUCCGUUUGCUGAUGGUAGACUUGCUGCUCUGAAGACACUUCACAUUGAAAGCUGUAACAAUCUGGAAAGCCUACCACAGUGCCUUCAUAGGCUCUCCCAUCUCACUGAAUUGGAAAUAAAGAAGUGUCCAGCAUUGGAGAUAGAGUACUUCCCUACCCUUCCCAUCUCCUUGUCGACUCUCACACUUUGGGAUUGUCCACAGAUAAAGUCUCUACCAAAUCAUCUUAUAUCUCUCCAGAGGCUACGAAUUUGGGGAUGCCAAACUAUCAAAUGCUUCCCCAAAGGAGGUCUGCCUCCCAAUUUGCGGUCCCUUGUAUUAAGAGGGUGCGAUAAUCUAAAACAGCCAGUGAGAGAAUGGGGCUUACCCAUGAUCACAUCCCUCACUUUUCUAUCGCUUGACUUGAGCAUGGGAGGUGAGGGAGAGAUGGUGUGGUUUCCUUCGGAAGACGAGGAAGCGUGGAGUCUUCUCUUUCCUUCCUCUCUAGAGUAUCUUUUUAUUUACAAUAUGAGGAACGUGGAAAGACUAUCAAGUGGUCUUCCCAACCAUUUCUCCUCUCUCAAAGUGUUAGGGAUUAGGAAUUGCCCGAAGUUGAGGUACUUGCCAGAGGAUGGCCUACCUCCCUCCCUCCAACGAUUGCUCAUAUAUGGAUGCGAGUUUCUGAAAGAUCGAUGCUCAAAACUCAGUGGCGACUAUUGGCCCCUCAUCCAAGACAUCCCUUACAUCAAGAUUGACAACGAUUGGAUCCAGUGA